AUGAGGCUCUUCGCGUAUGCCCACGCAGCGGCCCUUGGAAAUAGCCCGUUCCCAGGCGCCAGUAAAUACGAGAGAAAUGGCUGGGAAUUGUUUGAUGCCAGGGCAGAGUUGCAGCGGAUAGUCAAUGCGGCAAAUGCCAAGGACGUGUGGGCGAUAUCCGGCAUCAAUUGCAUGUACGAAUUUUCGCCAACUUAUCCAUCUGUGCUCGGCGUUCCUCGGGAAGCCAUGAAGAAAAAGGAAUUUUUGGAAAAGGUUGCUGACUUCAGGAGUCGACAGCGGAUUCCGGCGCUUUCCUGGCUUCACCCCGUCCACAAAACAUCUAUCACCCGAUGCGCGCAACCGCUGACCGGCGUGACGAUGAAGCGGAAAGAGGAGGACGAAGCACUGAUGGAAAUGAUCCUCCGAACGACCAACCAAACACAACCAUUGGCCAUUUUCGACGCACGGCCUAUGCUAAACGCUGUGGUAAACAAAGCGAAAGGCGGUGGCUGGGAAGAGAAGACGAAUUAUGGCAUGUGCGAGCUCACAUUUCUUGAUAUUCACAACAUCCACGUCGUCCGAGAAUCCUUGCAAAAGCUUCAAUCGGCGCUAUUCCCGAAAAUCGACGAGGUCAACUACUUGAAGCAGAUCGAAGAUACAAAGUGGUUGCAGCAUAUUAGGUCGAUCUGCGAGGGUGCAGCCGAAAUGGCAUACCUGGUUGAGGAGGGCCGAUCUUCGGUUGUCGUCCACUGCUCGGAUGGCUGGGAUCGUACGGCGCAGCUGGCCGCCCUUGCCCUCGUAAUGCUUGAUCCGUACUACCGUAGCGUCGAGGGAUUCGCGAUUCUGAUCGAGAAGGAGUGGUGCAGUUUCGGCUUCAAGUUUGCGCAAAGGAUAGGCCAUGGCGAAAAUAAGGCGUCAGACGACGAGCGCUCGCCGAUCUUCGUCCAAUUUAUCGACUCCGUUUGGCAGCUGAUGCGUCAGUUCCCCGCCCACUUCGAGUUCACCUCCAGCUUGCUGAUCUGCAUCCUUGACGAGCUGUACUCGUGCCGAUUCGGCACUUUCCUGUAUAACACGGAAAAGGCACGCCAUGUGGAAAAUGAAUGUGCCACUCAAACUGUUUCCCUGUGGUCGUACGUGCUGGAGGAGAAGCGUCGCUUCUUGAAUCCGCUCUACAUCGAUAACAGGAAUCGCCAAGUUUUCCUGAAGAUGAACACCCGGAUUGCGUUCAUUCACGUCUGGGAAGAGUACUACGCACGUUACAACCCGGAUAUCACCUCUCCGUCUUACGCGGAACACAACGACAAUAUGGACCGAUUUUCCAGGGAUCUGCUCAAGCAGCAACGACAUCGGCUUCACCCUGGCGGC